CCCUCCCGCUCGGCUGCCUGCCCCCAGCGCCAGCGAGCGAGGGGCGUCGGAGGGCGAGGGCCCGGCCUGCCUUGCUGCUCCCCGCCGGGGCCAGUAGCGCCAUGUCGGGGGCGUCUCCGGAGCCAGAGCCGGGGGCCUCGGCGGCGGCGGCGGCAACAACGGAGGAGAGCGAGGACGAGAGCGAGGUCCUGGAGGAGAGCCCCUGCGGACGCUGGCAGAAGCGCAAGGAGCAGGUAAACCAGGGCAACAUGCCAGGGCUCCAGAGCACUUUCUUGGCCAUGGACACAGAGGAAGGGGUGGAAGUGGUCUGGAAUGAGCUGCAGUUCACCGACAAGAAGGCCUUCAAGGCACACGAGGAGAAGAUUAAGACCACGUUUGAGCAGCUGGUUGUGGUGGACCACCCCAACAUCGUCAAGGUGCACAAGUACUGGCUGGAUGUCCAGGAGGCCAAAGCACAGGUCAUCUUCAUCACGGAAUACGUCUCCUCGGGAAGCCUGAAGCAGUUCCUGAAGAAGACCAAGAAGAACCACAAGGCCAUGAACGCCCGGGCUUGGAAACGCUGGUGCACCCAGAUCCUAUCGGCUCUCAGCUACCUGCAUUCCUGUGACCCUCCCAUCAUCCAUGGCAACCUCACCAGUGACACCAUAUUCAUCCAGCACAACGGACUCAUCAAAAUCGGGUCAGUUUGGCACCGAGUCUUUGCGAAGGCCAUUCCCCCUGAGCUCCGCAGCCCUGUCCGCACAGAACGAGAGGAGCAGCGGAAUCUGCACUUCUUUCCCCCGGAGUACGGACAUGUGGCGGAUGGGACGGCCGUGGACAUCUUCUCUUUCGGGAUGUGUGCUUUGGAGAUGGCAGUCCUGGAGAUCCAGUCCAAUGGGGACGCCUGCGUGACAGAGGAGGCCAUUGAGCGAGCCAGACACUCCCUGGAUGACCCCAACAUGCGGGAGUUCAUCCUGGGCUGCCUCCUCCUGAACCCAGACAAGCGCCCGACGGCUCACAACCUGCUCUUCCAUCGCGUCCUCUUUGAGGUCCACUCCCUGAAGCUCCUAGCCGCCCAUUGCUUCAUCAGCAACCAGUACUUAUGGCCCGAGAACGUGGUGGAGGAGAAAACCAAGGAGCUAGACCUCAGCAUCGUGAUGGCCGAGAUCAAGCGUCAGCAUCGCCCGCCCGUUCAGUGGAGAUACUCCGAGGUCUCUUUCUUGGAGCUUGACAAAUUCCUGGAGGAUGUUAGGAAUGGCAUCUAUCCGCUGAUGAACUUUGCCACCACCCGGCCCCACACCCUUCCUCGGUCCACCUCUCAGUCCUGUGAAGACCCACAGAAAGCCAAGACCCCCACACCGGAGUCCUUCGAUGUCGAGACAAGAAAGGUGGUGCAAAUGCAGUGCAGCAUGGAAUGGAGUGAGGAGAAGAGGCAAUGGCAUCUCACCCUCCUUCUGGUCCUGGAGGACAAGCUCCACCGCCAGCUCAGCUACGACCUGCUGCCCAGUGACAGUCCCAGGGAACUGGCAGCUGACCUGGUGCACUAUGGGUUCAUCAGCCAGGAGGACUGUGAGAAAUUGGCCUUGUUCCUUGAAAGCUCCUUCCACAAACACCAGUCUCCUCCAUCCUGAAGCAAAACUUGGGGCAGAUGAACUGGCACCCCGGGCCCAUGGGAGGCUCCAGCCGCCCCCCUCAUCUGUGCUGGCCUGGAAGAUGGUGCCUGGGGGCUGAAGAGCAGCCAGAGGGCGGCUCUGCUCUGCUGGACACUUGGACCUCCGCACCCGCCCUGAAGACCAGCCUUAGAGGGAGACGCAGCAGGCGCCAGGCAGAAGCGCCUCAGAAGGAGAGGACUUUGGUUGGGCUCCCACUUGGCCCUCCCUCUGACCCCCUCCAUUCAGAGCGGAAGGAGGGAGCCACUCCUUGGAGCAGGUGCAUGGGGGAGAGUCACUUGUGAGCCCAUCAUCCACAGAGGGGAUGCCAUGUCAGCAAAGGCAUUUACAGCAAGGGCCACGGGGAGAGGAUGACGGCCUCAGGCUCACACUCCCCACGCCCUAUGUGCCGCAGGGUCUGGGCACCCAAGAAGGGGCAGGCUGGCCGGCUGGCUGGCCACUUGCCCUUGUCUGUGGGGCAGGCGGAGGCAACAGAAGCAGCCAAGGCGCUGGCCUUUGGACUGGGUGCAACAACGGAGCAGGUCGCCUUUCAGAAGUGCUGGUGCUGGCUCGGGUGUGUUGCCCAAGGUGGCCGCAGCCCCCCAUGCCAGGCUGGUGUAGAUGUGUGGAUGUGCGCACGGGGGGGGGGGGGGGGAAAUGUACGCUGUGAUGUAUUGUUGGCUUGGCUGCUUUUGCUUCAGCUGGGGCCACCUGGGUCUUGCUCUUUUGAGGCCUGCUGUGUUUGCCACUUGUGUUGCGCUGAGUUUGCACAGCUUUGACACUUCAUGCUGACUGUGCCAAAUUCCAGCUGCUGUUCUUUGUUGCCUGUGCCUUGCCUCGCUUUGCCAGCAUCACCAAUAGCAACUGGUCCAAUUUAAUAUAUUAAAAGAUAACAAACUCCCCUUUGGGGAGUCCCGA